CAAUAAUACUCGUUUGGUUUAAAACACUUUAGUAAAUAAUUUAGUUUUGUUGAAUUCAACUUUCAUCGUCAAAUUGAACCACGCCCAUUCCUCUAGAUAUAUCAUCCUCUCCGAAAAAAGAAGAUGCCACAAAUCGAAGACCUACUACAACUCAAAGUUUUCACCUCUUUCCACACCACAAAUCUUAGAUCGACAUAAAUAAAACUUUUUAAAACUUAAAGUAAAAUAAAAGUUAAAACCUUGCGUAUAAAUAAACACUACGUGUCACAUUUGAUGUUGAAAUAACAGAGCUGUCACGAGUUGAAUUAAUACAACUUGCAUUGCAAUAAGAAAGAUCUUGUGGGCGGAGAGGGGAUUGUUUUUCUGAUACAGUGUGUCGUCCCCAAUUUACAACUGUGUCGUCCCCAAAACAUACCCCACGCCCUCACUUGUGCCAAUGAUCUUUCUCAUUUUUCUUCCAGAUCAUCAUGUUUGGAACAACAUUUUUUUGUUGUUGUAGUGUUAAGUGAAGAUACUAUAAAAUAAGAGGACUAAAGAGCAAAAACAAAAAAAAACAUUUGGGGGGUUUAAGAAAAAAUACAAGAAAAAACAGGGAACAACCUGUAAUAAACACGUUUGACACGAAAGGUCGAUAAGCGGUUUAAUCUGUAUGCUGUAUUUGUAUAUUUGAAUUCUAUUAUGAGGUUGUCUUUUUGUUCAACGUGUGGAUCACAUGCCCCAUCCUCCAUAAUUACCCUUAAUUUAGAUUACAUAUAAUAAUAAUUAUAUCAUCACAUUAUUCAUUCAUUCACAAACUUAGAUUUCAAUUCAGUUGUUGAGAUUUUAGCCUCCCUCUUUCAAAGAGGGAGACUUAACACUUCUUUUCUCAGAUCUCCUCGUUGCAAAAUGGUUGCAAACAAAUUUGUUGUUGAUUUGAAUAAACCCCUUGUUUGCCAGGUUGGUCAUCUUGGUGAAGAUUAUGAUAAAUGGGUUCAUCAACCUAUUAUGGGCAAGGAAGGCCCUCGUUUCUUUCAUAGCAAUAUCUUGGAGGUUUUCACGCGAACUGCUUGGUGGGUGAUUCCAAUUAUUUGGAUUCCAAUUGCAUCUUGUUUCAUUUAUAGCUCUUUCAGAUUGGGACUCCCUGUUCCUCACCUCCCUCUUUUCGUGCUUCUCGGCAUUUUUGUAUGGACAUUGACCGAAUACUUGUUGCACCGUUUUCUUUUCCAUGUUCAAACUAAGAGCUAUUGGGGAAAUACAAUGCAUUAUCUUCUCCAUGGUUGCCACCAUAAGCACCCUAUGGAUAGCUUAAGACUUGUUUUUCCACCAGCUGGAGCUGCUUUAAUAGCCUACAUGAUCUGGUCCUCAGUGAAGCUUGUAUUCCCUCCUUCAAUUGCUCCUGCUGUGUUUGGAGGCAUUUUGUUGGGCUAUGUGAUGUAUGAUUGCACACAUUACUACUUACAUCAUGGUCAACCAAAGAGUGAUGUGCCCAAAAAUCUCAAGAAGUACCACCUGAAUCAUCACUACAGGGUCCAGAGCCUUGGAUUUGGCAUCACUUCACCACUAUGGGAUAAGGUUUUUGGAACGGUUCCUCCUCCAUCAAAAGUGGAUGCCAAACGUAGAUAAGUAACAGUUGAGAUUGCAUUUGUUCAUUGGUUAUUUAUAGCAAAUUGAGGAGUUCAGACCAAAAAAAGUGAGGAAUUCUCGUUUGUGAUUGUCUAAUUUUCUUUGCUCAUUUGGUGUUUUUUGAGGGUUAACAUGCCAUCUUGUGUCGAACAUUGUGUAAAAAUCCAUAAUAUGUAUCAAAUUUGAUUAGUAGAUAAACUCUGCUACCUCUGCACAGUCCUUUCUCUGGUAACUUCCUCCUACUUUACAACA